ACGAAUCCAGUGAAUUCACUUCGUCCGUCUUAAAUCCUUAACUUAAGACUUUUUAGUUUUUAAGUCAUAGUUGUAUACGUUUGUAUGCGUCUUGUAUAUUCUAUAAUAUAUUUAAUUUAUGGAACCAAUAUCCAACAGUACUUUUUAAAAUGUUUUAUUAUAAAUCAUUGAUUUUUCAUGUAAUUUUAUUAGGUCUUUUCGAUAUGCGGUUGUGAAUAUUUAAACAUUAAAAAACAAGUCCUAAUAUUUAGAAUAUUUUUACCUCCUUCACUUACCUAGAAUGGAUACUUUAGUGGGCGACAAACAAUCUACCGAUACGGUUGAAACAUUGAAAAAUGAUGUCAGCAAUGAUGAAAUUUGGGAAAUAAUUGACAAAGAAGAUGACGAGGACUUGAGGAAUUUGUCUGCUGCGGUUUAUGCGUUUAUACUAUUGGUAAUUGGAAUACCGCUAUGGUGGCGAAUGACAGAAGUACAACGCCACUCUCUACCAUAUGCACAGAUCUCGCAAUUGGGUACCAUGGACGUAGUUAUUGCUACUGACAUAUUUAUAUAUACCAAAAAUCCAUAUGUAACAAAAAAUAUUAUUAAAAAUAUUAAUACUAGAUUCAACUCAACUAUGUUCAGCAUCAAUGCUCAACCUUCCACUCUCAUUAAUUCAGACCAAACAUUGAAUGAAUUAGAGAUGGUUAUUACUCCAUUAGGAUCAUUACAACUAAUCGAAACCAAUAGUGUAGACGAUAUAAUAGUUGGUAUUGGCCGCAAUAUUUAUUUUCCUCCCAAUACAGACAUUACAUUAUUAAUGGACUCGUUAAUAAGACUCUUACAAACAGAUGCGUUAUCUGAUUCCAUGAUAUCAAUGUUGAAUCCUGGUAAUCAUUCUGAUGACCAACAAGUAGUAACUGAAAGACAGCGUCGAGUAAGACCAUCAUCGGAUUAUAAUGUACUUCUUACUGUUGUAAAUCCGGAACCAGAGAAACUGCAUGUGGCUUGGAAGCCAGAAAUACCUUUAAAACGUUAUCUUCAUCCUUUACUAGAUCAAUUAAAACUAAUUUCAAAUUUUUCUGUUCAAUCUCAAUGGCUUUAUUUAAUCGAUUUGGUUCAAAAACCCCCAAAAUUGAACACUACAUUUGUAUUAGACAAGAACCAUGCUCAAUAUAUAAUUACUCCUCUAGAAAAAAAAUUAGGUUCUGGAGUGUCUCGAAAUCCGUGUAUACAUUUUGUCGUAUAUGUAACCCCUUGUUCUUAUAUACCUUUAUAUUUUCAUGAAGACAAUCAGUUAACUACUGCUAUGAUGUCAGCUCGUUGGGGUGGAGUUCAAUUCUUAAACGCCGAUCAGAUAUCAUGCAAUGAAUCAGUAAGCUUCAUACCUGAUGAUCUCAGUAUAAUGACUCCCAUCAUCACACAAUUCCAUUCAUUGAUUGGUGUACCAAAUAUGUCCAAUUAUAUGUCAUUAAUGCCAUUAAAGUCAUCUACUCUACGUAAAUGGCAAUUAGAUUCAAUGUACAGACUAAAAAUUAUUGAACAGUACACUAAUACACGUAUCACUUUAACUUCAUUGUCUCGACUUUUGGGUGAAAUUAGUAAUAUUGUGAUAAUUGAAGAAGUUGGAAAAGCAGUAACUGAAUCUGUAGAAGCAGCUACUAAAGUAUUACACUGUUUAAAAAGAGGACAAUUGGAAGAAGCUUUGGAAUACAGUAAAAUAGCAUUUGAAACAUCAGAGUUUGCAUUCACUCACCCAUCAUUAUUGGCUUUGCUCUAUUUUCCCGAUGAUCAAAAAUAUGCUGUUUAUAUUCCGUUAUUCUUGCCUGUUAUGAUCCCUGUACUAAUGUCUUUGAAAGGAGUUAAAAGUUGGAUACAAUUGAAGUACAAUAUUUAAUUUAAUAAUAAUAAUUUAAUGAUUUGUGUUUAUUAUUUAUUUAUUAUUUUUUUUUAUUACAAUAAACUGACUGUCAAAUA